CUGACGGUCACGAAAGAAUACAAAACGAAGCAAAUCGCCAAAAGCAUCGACUGGGAAUCUUGUGUUGACAAGUAUGGCGAGAUUCUCGAAGCUUACAGUGCUUAUUAUCCCUCGCCAGAAGAAGAUUUCGAUGAUGGUUCGCUCUUUUUUUGACUUUAUGAUGCGCACUGUUCAUUGAUAACAAUCUCAAAACAUCCUGUCGAUCUGUAAUGUAUUGGUUGCGUAAAUUUAUCACAGCUUCAUUUAUCUGAACGCAUGAUAUCAAACUAGAAAUCAGAGCAACUAACAAAGAAGCUACAACCUUGCUAUACGCCAUGUUUGUUUAUAGUGCUCGCCGCGAAGACUGGAUCCAAGAGAAUGACGAAAGCGUAUUCGAAAAUUUCCGGAUACGACCGUCCACACGCAUACGUAUUCGUAUCGGAUAA